AGCAAUACAGAGCGUGCCGGUUUUGUGAGUUGAAGGACAGAUUCGCGAAGCGCGGGCGCCCGAUGCAAACUGGUUGCAUUUUCGCGGCCCCCUAAGGCGUCAAAGAUGCGUAUGCAAAUUAGUCGUGCCCUCGACUGCUCGGCUUGCAAUCACAGCGCCAGGACCAGUGGUGGAAGUUGGAAACAAAAAAGCCGCGGGCACCCUAGCCUUUCGCUCAUCCACUCUGUCCAAGCAGCAAGGCCGGAAGGAAGGCUAACGAGUGGAGGCAGUGGAAUCUUGAUGAGAGUGGGUGAGUGCAGCGGCGCGGGUAUCGAUACGUGUUUCGCGGGCGGUCCUGCAGUGCAGAUUGCCUCAACUUGGAACCCGCACAAUCUGGCCUCAGAGGAAUUGCUCUUUAGCGUCGGCCUAGGCGCACUGCUGAUUCGCCGGAUGAGAGACUUGCGAGACUGGUCACGACUGACCAAGGCAUGCGAGCGGCGAAGUGCUCCUUUAUUGGGAUGCAAAAUAAUUUGUAAAAUGAGUAUUCCAACGAUCAGCACACAAAUGGCACUUCGCCCAAACCUCAGCCCGCAACAGUGUCGUGUUGGACAGGGCUCGGGCACAGAAUUAGAUGACGGUUAGGGGUAAGACAAUUAUUAGGCCAGCAACGAGCCAUGGCGGCACUCGCUAUUCGUAUCGAUCUUCUCAAACAGCUGGGAGAGAGGCACGAGUUGGGGUGCAUCUGCUUUUCGGAACGGUCUGUGUGAGGUCGCCAGCGAGGCUGUAAGCCGUCGGCCCAGCAGCAAAUCAAACACGGCAUGAGCGG